AUGGAACCAAUGACUAUACCCCCUCUCAAAAGCAAACGUCCCCCAAAGCCUAAACCUCAAAAUCCCAUUGAAUCCACCAUCCGUUCAUUUUUCCACCCACUCCCCUCCACAUUAUUUUUGGAAAUCUCGGCUUCCAUCGACUCACUCAUUUCCACCUCUCCAAAACGCUGGGUGACAUACACACCCAUGCUUCUUCUCCCAUCCGGAUCAUUUUCCUCAUCACACUGGACUUCUCUCUUUUCUCUUCUUACCACUUCUCAAAAAGAAGACCUCUUUACUCGGAUCCUGCAUAGUGUAUCGAAGAAAGAAGGCAAGAAACUCACGCAUCUUGCUAUUAAUGCCGGGAUACCUCUCCAUGAAAAAGAAAAGGGAAGAGAAAAAGAAGAUGGGAAAGAAGAAGAGAAUAUACUGAGAAGUCCCAGUGGAUUACUCAUGUUAUAUGGAGAUUUCGGACCCGAUUUCAAGGGAGAAGAACCUACGGAAGAAGAUUUCGAAGAUGCGUUUUGGGUGAGUACGAAACAGAAUGGGAUUGAACAGAUUUGGGCGCCGAGGUGGACGAUGUUCAGUAGAGGAAAUGUGAAAGAGAAGGCUAGAUUGUUGGGGUUUCAUGAUGCUGGCCCAACAGCUAGCGCAAAUGGAAAGCAUAUUGGAAAGGAAGAGAGGAGGAAUUGGACGGCGGUGGAUUUAUAUGCGGGAAUUGGAUAUUUUGUUUUUAGUUAUAUUGGGAUGGGGGUGGCGAGGGUAGUUGGAUGGGAGUUGAAUGGAUGGAGUGUCGAGGGGUUGAGGAGGGGAGCGGUAGCUAAUGGGUGGGGGAUUAGGGUUGUGAGGAAGGGGGAGCUAAUCGAAUAUUUCGGGGAUGAGAGGAUUGUGGUAUUCCUAGAGAGUAAUGUAGAGGCGGAGCAGAGGUUGCAGAGCAUGAAGGGCUUUGGGACGGUAAAACAUGUGAAUUGUGGAUUCUUGCCCACGAGUGAACCUACGUGGAGAAAAGCUAUGAAUAUUUUGGGUGAGGAUGGAUGGUUACAUUUACACGAAAACGUUGGAAUAGCAGAUGUGGAAAGAAGAAAGGGGGAAAUUGAGGAGAUGUUACGGAUCUGGCUCAAGGAACGGGUUGAUGAGAGGAUUGUCACGGUUGAGCAUGUCGAAUUUGUCAAGACUUUUGCUCCCGCUGUUUGGCAUUGUGUUUUUGAUGUGUAUCUUAGUACAUAA